AUGGCCGAGUCCCUCGUCGCUGUUCGUGUCGAGCUCCCCACUUACUCUCUUUCAUUUAUUAUCGAGGUUCCUAUCUCCGCUACCGUGAUCCAUGUCAAACAUGCAAUUUCAGCGUCUUGCGCUGGACAGCCCCGUGUCGAGGGACAGCGUAUAAUCUGGAGGGGGCGCUACCUCGAGGACCAAGAGAAAAUUUCAGAUAUAUGGAAGACGGCAGAUGAGCAACGCAUCGUCCAUUUAUCAGUGCACCCCUCCGGUUGGUCUGGUGCUCCCCCAUCUUCUAGUGCAACAACAACCACACACCCUAUAUCCGACAAAGGGAAAUCCCCCUUAUUACAAAGAGACGUUCCUUCCAACACUCCCGCGGCGCCUCCCAGGGUGCAAUCUCAUCCUUUCGCACAUUUACCCCUGGAUCACCAAUUCAUUGCUUAUAUCCAUCAGGCCGCUCUAUCAAAGCUCACUAGAGGGCUCGUCGAGCACCCACAAUAUUCAGUGAUUCCCUCUCGCACAGUUGCAUUGGAGAGCCUUGAGAAGAAGGGAUAUAUUUGGCCUUCAGUCCUGGAUGAGCCAUACCCUUUCUCUCAGCAUGGUGACGGCUCUGGACUGCAAUACGAAUUGAUGACGACUGAUGGCAAGUCAUACCUCUCCCUCCGUAACCCAGGUUCAAGGCCUACCGUUGAGCAAGUACAUGCCUUGAAGGUCUUGACCUAUACGUUUUCAAUAUUGUUCCUUCAACCAUUGCCUCAACCACCGGCGCCAACGCCAGCCACUUUCUCCAAUGAGACUGUACCGCAUCAAUUAAACGACCUCCUCCAGCAGCUUGGCCUUCCCACACUUCGUGCUGUCCCGAAUGUCAACGUCGAUGUCGAUGUUAAUGGUCAGAUGGGCGUUGAAGCGAACCUCCCAGCACCCGGAGGUGAAGCCCAGAUACUUCCCGAUAUCCCAGUUCGUGUGCUACUGGCCCCCUUAGUGAUGGUAUUAUUCCGAACUCUGCUCUUGCUGUACUUUUUCUCCCCAACUCGCAAACCGCUGUUGGGUUUGUGCAUUAUCGCAUGGAUAAUAUAUGAGAUGUGGACGAAUGUGCGGAACGUUGUACUCGGACCACUUAAUCGGGAGAGGGAGCGUUUAGCUGGUGUUGCCGCUGCCGCGGAGGCUGCAAGACAGGCUCCAGGUCAGGGUCAACCUGGAGGUCCCCCAGCAACUCCUGCAACUCCUGCACCUCCUGCCCAGUCUGACAUACCAAUGCCCGCACGAAAUCAAGAAGCGCAGGGGCCUCCGCUCCCCAGCAACUCUACCUCUCUUCUGGACCUCCUCGCACGCAUAGGCAUCGAUACGGAGAAUAAGUCACUCUGGCCAACAUCUUCACCGCGUACCCCAUUUUCGCCACCGAGUCUAAUGCACAAGGUGACGACCUUCGUAAGUUUGCUUGUGCUGACUCUCCAUCCGGAGGUAUGGAAUCGCAGGCGCGCAGCGCUGAGGACAAGGGAAGGGCGUUUGCGAACAGAAGCGAAUGUGAUGGAACGAGAGGUCGAGAGAUUGGAGGGCCAGGAACUGAGCGAGGAAGACAAAAAGAGGGAGGAGACGACAGCUGUGUUGCGGGUGCAGGAUGGAAGGCGUGCUCCUUGGGUGAAAACUUAUAUUCAGCGUGUCAGAGGCGGAGAGUGGGUAGAUGAUUUAUAG